AUGUCCAGCAAGCUCGACAAGCCUCUUGACGACAUCGUCUCGGCCAAGCGCCAAUCUGCCCGCAACCGCCGCUCUUCUCAGCGACGUUCAACUGGCCCCAAGGCUGCUGCCCCUGUUGGUGGUAUUCAGAAGGCUUCUAAGCCUGCUCGCGGCAGCGCAGCCAAACCCGCUCCUGCCAAAGCCGCGGCGGCUCCUGGGGAGAGCAAGGUUAUUGUCAGCAAUCUGCCCAAGGACGUCUCGGAGCAGCAGAUCAAGGCUGCUGCCCCUGUUGGUGGUAUUCAGAAGGCUUCUAAGCCUGCUCGCGGCAGCGCAGCCAAACCCGCUCCUGCCAAAGCCGCGGCUGCUCAUGGAGAGAGCAAGGUUAUUGUCAGCAAUCUGCCCAAGGACGUCUCGGAGCAGCAGAUCAAGGAAUAUUUUGUCCAAGCCGUUGGACCCAUCAAGAGAGUCGACCUCGUUUAUGGCCCCAACUCUGUCAGCCGUGGCAUUGCCAAUGUCACUUUCCACAAACCGGACGGCGCUGGCAAAGCUUUCCAGAAGCUGAAUGGCCUCCUUGUUGACAACCGGCCCAUCAAGAUCGAAAUUGUUGUCGGUGCCGCUCAGGCCGACAAAGUCAUGCCUCCGGUCAAGUCCCUGGCCGAACGAGCUACUCAACCCAAGGCUCAGCCUAAGUCAGCUGCUUCUGGCAAGGGUGCUACCGGUGGCGUUGGAAAGGCUGGCAAUGCCAAGGCAGCCAAUAAGAAGCGCCGCGGCCGCAGCGCUCGUCCUGCCAAGAAGACGGCUGAGGAGCUGGAUUCGGAGAUGACAGACUACUUUAAGAAUAAUGCCGAAGGUGCAAAUGCUGGAGCUGCCACUGCUACUGGCGCAGCCGGCGCUACUGGUGACGCUCCCAUGGAAGAUGAGAUCAUG